AUGAUUAGUGUGUUCAAGCCUAGUUUAGUAUCAAGAGAUUAUACAAAUGCUACUUUAUCAUCACUGAUCUUUCAAUUUAAUGGAUCAACAACUAAUACUCCCGAAAUACCAAUAAAUUAUACAAUUGAAGGUUUAACAAGAGAUGUUUAUCCAAAACCAUUACAUUCACAUAAUGAUUAUUGGAGAUAUCAUCCAUUUUAUGAUGCUUUAGGUGCUGGUGCUGUUAGUAUAGAAAGUGAUGUUUGGUACUUUCCACAAGAUUAUGAAUUAGAAAGAAGUGAUUAUAAUAAAUCAAAUGAAACUUUAUAUUUCAAUAGUGACGAAAUUUACGUUGGUCAUAAUCAAAUUUAUUUAAGACCAAUAGAUACAUUGUUUAAUUUAUAUUUAAAUCCGUUACUAACAUUUUUGAAUUUUGCAAAUCCUGAAUUUCAAUAUACUCAACAACUGGGAUCACCAUUUGAAAAUAAAAAAUACGGGGUAUUUUAUAAUGAUCCUGAACAACAAGUAUAUUUAUGGUUUGAUUUUAAAAAUGAUGCAAAUUCAACUUAUGAUCAGUUGAAGAAACAAAUCCAGCCAUUUAUAGAUAAAGGUUAUUUAACUUAUUAUAAUUCAACAAGUGAUUCAUUUGUUAAUAAUCCACUUAUUUUAACAAUUACGGGUAAUUUACCAAUUGAAAAAGUACAAGAUGAAGAGACUAGAUAUUUAUUUUUGGACGGUCCUUUGCAAAAUUUCACUAAUGGAACAAGUGAAGAUGAUUUGAAUAAAUGGUCUAAAUUAUCAAGAGUUGUAUCAUCAUCAUUAGAAAGUUUAAUAAAAGAUGAUAAUUAUCAAAAUUCAAAGAAAUCAAAUUUUACAGACUCGCAAAAAUUCAAAUUAAAAGAAUAUUUUGAUAAAGCUCAUGAAUAUGGUUUGAAAACAAGAAUUUGGGGUGAUAUAACCUGGCCAAUUAAUACUUUCAAUUCCCAUUUACAAGAUUUUUAUAUCUUAGGAUCUGACUUAUUAAACGUUGACGAUUUACAAAAAGCUAAAGAUUUUUUUUAG